UUGUUAAUUAAAAAUAUGAGUAAAUAUAUUUAAGUCAUAUUAAUAUUAGGAAUAUUCCUUAGCACUUGCUCUAGUUAAACAGUAGUUGUUACAGAUUUUACAAUCUCUUCUGGCAACAGCGUACCAUACAUAAAAACCUUUUAAAAUUAAUGGAAUAAUGAAUUGGAAUUUGCUGUCUAUGGCUGGAUUAGAGUAGCUGCUUGGGUUAACAACGAAAUCUAAGUCUUCCGUUUAUCUGCUAAUCAAGAUAUUAAUUCUAAUACCCUUGGAGAUAGAGUCUUGAAGUCUUUUGUUUAAGACAACAAAGUUAUGUUUGAAACAUAUGAUUCUUAGAAUUGGGAUCCUAAAGUUCAACAUGGAUAUCUCAACUAAGGCGAUAACUUCGGAUAAUGGUUCUUUAUCUACUAAGGAUACAAUCCAAAAACUUAUAAGACAUACGGAUGGGUUCAAAACGCUGCUGGUUAAGGACAAGGAGGAUAUUGCAACAACUAUGCAAGACAUACUCCUUCUAACUUUUAUUAAGUCAUUGUUGGUCCUAAUUAAGGAGUUACUGGUGGCGACAGAGUUGAUGUCAAGAUUCUUUGGAUUUAAGCUGGUAGUGGUGCUUACAGAGAAAGUAACUUUGAUUUGAGAGAUUCUAAUCCUACCGUUGCUCCUGUUACUCCCACAACUCCUACCACUCCUGUUACUCCCACUACUCCCACUACUCCUACCACUCCUACAACUCCCACUACUCCUACAACCCCAACAAAGCCAAGUUAACCCACUACUCCUUCUAUUCCAGAUGUUAAAUGCCCAACUGUUUAUUCAGAGUGUAACUUUAAAGGACAAUCAGUAAGUUUAUGCAACGGUAUACCUGCUUUGAAGAUUCCUUAGAUAAGAAGUGUUGUUAUUCCUGCUGGUUACAACAAAAUUACUCUUCAUAACCUUAAAAACUAUUAAGGUAAAUCUGUUGUUUUUGACAAAACAGAUGCUUGUAUUGAUGAUUCAAAAGUUUAAUUUAGCAUGUACGAAAAGAAAAAUAGCUUAAAAUAAAACAUGCAAAAAUCAAGAAAUAUGAAAAAUAAACUUCAUUUCUGA